UUCUCCUCAGUCCUCACUCGCUCUCUCGCCAAGUGAGCUUGCGGUGUUCUUGCCACGCACGCUUCCUCCGACAUAUACCUGACCAUAUAUACGCACCACCAGGCAACGAUCGGAGGAAAGCAAACAAACCUUCGGUCAGUCGACCGAUCGCAAUUCCAGCCAUUCAUCGACGUACGUCGCCUCAUCGGAGGACCCAAUGGGGCGGCCGUCGAGCGGCGGGCAGCUGGCGAAGCUCCGCAAGGGGCUGUGGUCGCCGGAGGAAGACGAGAAGCUCUACAACCACAUCAUCAGGCACGGCGUCGGCUGCUGGAGCUCCGUGGCCAGGCUGGCGGGGCUGCACCGGUGCGGCAAGAGCUGCCGCUUACGGUGGCUCAACUACCUCAGCCCCGACGUCAGGCGCGGCAGCUUCUUGCAGCAGGAGGAGGACCUCAUCGUGGCCCUCCACGCGAUCCUCGGCAACCGGUGGUCGCAGAUCGCGUCGCAUUUGCCGGGGCGGACGGACAACGAGAUCAAGAACUUCUGGAACAGCUGCGUCAAGAAGAAGCUCCGGCAGCAGGGCAUCGACCCCGCCACGCACAAGCCCAUGGCCGACGCCGCGGCCACGGCGGCAUUGCCGGUCGCGCACGAGGAAGACCUGAAGCCGCUCGUUGCCGCCGCGGGUGAGGACGGCGGCGUGCCUACGAGGCAGUCCUCGGCGUUCGAUCCGUUCCCUGUGUGCACCGACUUCGGCGCCGGGUUCAUCGACGGACUCGGGGCGGCAUUGUACGGCCAGUUCGUCGGCGGCGUGAAGCGGGAGGGCGCGGAAGAGGACGCCGGGUUCGGCGCCGCCGACUACAGCAGCGUGCUGGACGUGUCGGAGAACCUAGGCUACGGCGAUAGCUCCAGCCACGGCAGCAGCUGGAACGAGGUGGGCAUCCUUCUGGACGCCGACGAGGUCUUGGCCUCGAUGGAGCACAAGUUCCCGCUGUCUACCUGCCAAGAGCAUAGCCUCCUCGCAAAUUUCGAUUUCAACUUGUGCCCCGAUCAGUAGAAAACUCUGCUUUCUAAAUUCUAAUUGGUGGAUCGCCGCUUGAUCUCGUGCUAGCCCCUCCAAAUGCAGAACAAUAUAAUGGCUAAUGCGGACCGCACGCGCUCGUCGCCAUUGGCCCGUGCAUGCGCGCUGUCGUCGCUCGCCUGCACUGCACGGUGGUCGGCCAAUCCAUCUUCUUUCACCGGCCCUGCAUUGCCUCCGUCAAGGGAAAAAGAGGUCCCAGUGCCAGAACCCAGAAGCAGCUUCGUGUCUCGUUAAUGGAGUAAGCUAGACCCAAGAAAAGUGCAUCCAAUUGAUGCAAAUCUUUUGCUGACGUUACAAGUCCGACGAAGACUUCUCACCUAACUAGAAAGUCAUAUUCUGGCAUGCAAAUAAAAGGUUGAGGCUUCUCUUU